AUGGUCCAGCCAGGAGGAGCCCGAGGCGACGAGAGGCAGCUCCCAGCCCAUCACCGCACCCGCCCCCAGCUCGACGACGACGUGCGGGAUCGCCGCAGCGUCCAGAGCUGCAGCAGGAGCCACAGCAGAAACGGCUCCUUCACCCACAGCAAGAGCAGCUACAGCGACAGGGCCGACUCGGCCCACGGCGUCUACGCGCCCUCGCCCCUCGGCUCCAGCCCCAGCCCCAGCCCUGCCUCGAGCCUCGUCUUGACCAACCCGGCGCCGAGCUACCGGCCCCUGAGGCGCCAGCUCUCGCACUCGACCGACGGCGACCAUGGCGACAGCCCGGCCUCGUCGCCCACCUCGAGGCACGAGCUCGCCCGCCGCCUCAGCCAGCUCGCCCACCAGCUCUCCUACGGCGAUGACGCCGACGAGCCCGCCCUCGGCGCACACUUCGGCAGCCUGCAGCACGCCGUCGCCAGCGGCACCCCGAGCCCGCCCUCGCGCCGCUCCACGAGCCUCGAGAUGCCCAGCCGCAGCGAUAUGGGCUCCAUCCUUGGCUCGCCCGUCUCCUCCAUGUUCCGCUCGCGCUUCUCCGACCUGUCCGCUUCGCUGCACCGCGAGCGUGAGGCGGAGCGCGAGCACGAGCCGCCGCAAAAGGUGGGCAUGACGGUCGACCAGGCCAACAAGGUCAUUGCAGAGAUGGGCAAGCUCAACGACGAGCUGUCCGCCGUCGUCAGCAACCUCAAGGCUCGCCAGGAAGAGUCGGAUCACAUCCACGGCCUCCUCGUCGAGCGCGCCGAGCGGGCAGCCCAACGAAUCAUGUUUCUCCAAAACCGCAUCACAUAUCUGGAGCAAGAGCUCGAGGAAAACGACGACGAGCUGCAGCACCUGCGCAUCUGCCUCAAGGCCGUCGAGAUCCAGAUGCCCCCGCACCCCGACCGCGAGCUCCAGCGCUGCAUCGCCACCUUCAAGCACGAUUACCAGGCGCUCAAGACGAAGCGCGCCGGCCGCGCCGGCCUCGGCAGCUUCGACUCGUCGACGGCCAACUCUCCGACGCGGACGCGAUGA